UAUUCAAAGUCGAAGGUUAAUUUAAGACAUCCAGUUUAUUUUAUUGAUUAAAUGGCACUCUCUUUCAUCCGUACAUUUUAGCUGCUAAGUUUAGUAUAAUGCAUAACAUCGCACAGCUGAAGUCACUUUCACGAAUAGAUUCUGAACACUCCACACAGGCUUUUAGCAACCAUGGAUGUUAAACAAAUCCGAUCAGUGUAUUUAUGCGUUACUUGCAUAUUCCUCAUGCCGGGAAACGCAAUUGAAUUAAAUGCUGACGUUUUAUAUGAAAUAUUUUCUAGAAGAAUGGAUGAUGUUAUGUUUGAACAUAAACUACUAAGGCUCGAGUUUGACGAGGCAGUGCGCAAUAUGGGAAAUCACGCUGACAGGAUAACAAAUGUAGAAGAUGCCACCAACAAGAUGGAAAAGCAGGCUGACAAAAUGGCCAAUUUCCAAGAAGCUAUAAACAAGAUUGAAGACCAAACUGUAACAAUAUCCAAUUUAGAAGAAAGCACCAAACGGAUGGAAAAACAGGCUGACAGAAUAACGAGUUUAGAAGAAGCAUUCAGCACGAUUAAAGAACAAGCUGACAAAAUAUCUACUUUAGAAGAAAGCACCAAACGGAUGGAAAAGCAGGUUGACAGGAUAGCGAGUCUAGAAGAAGCCUUCAGCACGAUUAAAGAACAAGCUGACAAAAUCUCCACUUUUGUGGAUACCACAAAACGGAUGGAAAAGCAGGCUGACAAAAUGGCUAGUUUCCAAGUAGCUAUUAACAAGAUUAAAGAACAAACUGUCAAACUAUCCACUUUAGAAGAAACCACCAAACGGAUGGAAAAGCAGGCUGACAGGAUAACGAGUUUAGAAGAAGCCUUCAACACGACUAAAAACCAAGCUGACAAAAUUGAGCAUAUAGAAGCAACCAACAAACGGAUCGAAAAACAAGCUCACAGGAUAAUGAGUUUAGAAGAAACCUUUAGCACGAUUAAAGAACAAGCUAACAAAAGUGAAAUUUUAGAAGAAGUCACUAACAAGAUGGAGAAGCAGGUUGACCUGAUAAGGAGUUUACAAGAAGCCUUCAGCACAAUUAAAGAACAAGCUAACAAAAGUGAAAAUUUAGAAGAAGUAACUAACUACAUUGAAAAGCAGGCUAACAGGAUAGCGAGUUUAGAAGAAACCUCCAGCACAAUGAAAGAACAAGCUAACAAAAUUAAGUACUUGGAAGAAGUCACUAACAAGAUGGAAAAACAGGUUGUCAGAAUUACAAAAUCAGAAGACAUCGUCAAGAACAUCGAAAAUAACACUAAGGGAGUAACGAAUAUUGAAAAUGAGAUGCAAAAUCUGAACAACAAGUUAGACAAACUAGAAAACAAAACUUUGAACAAUGAAAAGGCUAUCUCUGAUAUGACACGUCUUGCAACGGAAAAUAACCUGGAAGCCGUUAAGGCAUCAGAAUCGUCUUUAAAUGUUAUAAAAGACAAAGUUAUGAAGCAGUCUCUUAAGGUCCACAAAAUGAUUUCGUCAGAGAAAAUAUACUUACGUGGAAUGAAAAGGGCGCAUGACGAGAAACUCUCAAAUUUCUCAAACGAAAUGAAAUUACAAAUGUCAACAUUGAAUGCUUCGGUAGAAUUACAAAUUUCCUCAUUUGACACGAUUUUAAAAGAGACUGAAAAAACUGUAAGUGUUGUUCUGAAUAAUUACUCAAGUUAUAUGAAUAAUACUUUCUUCAAUUUUAAUAAAGACAUCUUAACAUUUGUCAAUGAUUCUGAGCAAAAAAUAGAAACACUUCGAGAGGAAAUGAAUAAAGAAUCGGACCGUCAUAGGAAAACUUUUAACGAAGCUAAUGUUGCAAAUCAGGAGCUGAACACAAGAAUUGCGAAUCUUGAAACAAGGCAAGAAACGCUUCAAGAGAAAGUAGAUAAAGAAUCGGACCGUCACACGAGAACUUUGGAAACAACUAAUGGUGAAGUUCAGCAACUAGAAACAAGAAUGGUGAACGUUGAAAGAAGACAAGAAACGCUUACAGACAAAACGGACUUUCACACGAGAACAUUGAAUACAAAUAAUGGUAAAAUUCAGCAGCUGACAACAAGAAUUGGGAACGUUGAAUCAAGACAAGGCAAAAGAGCGGCUUUCACAGUAUCGGAUGCGUAUAGACAAACUAAUGGAAUAUUAAAAUUCUCGACAGUGAAACUGAACGAAGGAUCCGUCUAUGAUACAUCAACAGGAAAGUUCACGAGUCCGUAUGCAGGAAUAUACGGUUUUACAGCGAGUAUCAUUGAACAUGGUAGUGGUGAUAAUCGCAUAGAUUGUCGCAUUAGGAAGAAUGGUUCCUUUUACGUCUAUAUGUUUUCUCUGCAGGGUGAAAUAGACGGUACGCGUGCAACAGCCGGCUGGGGAACAGCUACAGCAGCAGCUACACUACAUCUAGUGAAAGGUGACAGUGUAUAUGUCUGGUGUUACAGUCGCACUGGAACUGACCUUUACUGGUCGUCAUUUAGUGGCUUUCUUAUCAAUCCAGAUCCAUAAGCUUAUCAUAUUAUCAUAUAAAUUUAUACAUAGAAACACAAUAACUGCAUGUAGAGGGAUUAUAAUUAGUGUUAUUAUUAUAUGGGGUUCACAUUUAAUGAAUCAAGUAAUGUUUCAUUUUCAACCACAUAGUUGGCUCUUCAAAUUAUAUUUUAUUUAGAAAUUAAAGCCUUACAAUACAUGCAGUUAAACAUGUUAUAUUUUAUAUCUGUUUCAUUGAAGUGUUUUAUUUAAAACAUGACGUUCAAAGUAACACAAAAAUAUCAUCAGUAGAAAAUUAUGAUGUCAUGUUAACUGACGUCAUUAUGUCAUACAUAUAUUUGUAUGUAUACAUUGUAUGUUUGCCUGAAGAAGUCUUUUUAAAAUACGAAACGCGUUGCAAACUUGAGUUGUAUUCAUUCUAUAAUUACAUUAAUAGAAAAUGAAGCACAUUUAUUUUAUGUUUUUCGGUGGUUUAUCGAAAUAUAACGGUGAAUUAUAUCCUGAUAAACUCACUGGCCACUCAGUGAAAAUUAUCAAAUCUGAUACCCGGAUUAACGUCAAAAAGUUUACCGAGCGUACUGAAAGCCGGAAACAAUAUGACGAUGACGUCGUUAAAAUGACGUCAUCUUUGCGAUGCUUCCUGAUAAAAUUUCCCGCAAAUUUCGACAUUUUAUUGAAAUAAACACAACAAAAGUAGAGUUUUAGACAUAAAAUAAACAGAAAAAUUGUUGGUAUCGAUGUAAUAUCACGGUAAUUUCACUCGUGAACACCAAAAGUUGUUAUUUUCACUCGUGGCUGCGCCACUCGUGAAAAUAUCACUUUUGGUGCCCACUCGGUGAAAUUAUAACGUGAUAUUAAACCGAAACCAACAAUUAUCCUCUAUGUUAUGUUUUAUUAUGAUACUUACUCAAUUUUAAGACAAUAAUUUUAUCUACUGCUGUAAAGUUGAACACAAUUUUCAUAACCUUACAGAUGAUGAGAAAAUAGUGUUUUUAUUCUCCGACAACAAUAUGGUAAAAUGUAGAGCCAAAACCUGUUACUUGAUGUUACAGUUGAGAAAUGAUUUUCUCUACCCAUAGGUUUGACAAAAGUUUUAUGGUCUUACUGUAAAUAUUUAAAACAUUGAAAUUCUAUUGUAACACAAUAAGUUUUAAUAGAAAAUAUAUAUUUUAGAUUAAAUGUAAAAUGUUACUUGGUGUUACAGUUAAGAAACAAUAUUCUCCACCCAUAGGUUUGACAGAUGUUUUAAGGUUUUACUGUAAAUAUUGUAGCACAAUAGUUUCUAAUAGCAAAUAGAUAUUUUAGUUUAAUGGUAAAAUGUAAGAUAUUAUAAAAUGUUGUUGUUCUUUUUUAACAAUGCAUAUAGUGUUUUGCAAAUCUUUAUAUAUUGACUUUGUGGCACAAUGUUAUAUUAUAUAUUAUAUGUAUACACGUGUAUUAUAUAAAUGUGCACAAAGAAGAGACUCAAAUAAAAUGUUGAACUUGAACUACAAAAAGAAAAAAGAAAAACAACACAGAAUAGAAUUUAUGACAAUAAUGAAAGGUGCGAAAGCAAAACACAGGAGACAAACUUUUUUUUAAAUAAAUAUCAGUUACACUGUAAAUGACGCAAUAAAAAUGAAUAUUCCUGACAAUAGUUACAAAAUGAUUAGUGAGAGAAAUAUCGAAACUUGAAGCGGAAACUGGAACAUAAUUUGUUUCAAUUUGAUUUAAUAUUCCUUUUUUUAAAUUGAUCUAAAAAGUAAAUAUGCAGUGGUGUAUUAAACUGGAAAAUGUAUGUAUGUAUUGGGAACUGAACAACAACGAUACGCGAAUAUUUUAUCAGUGGACGCCGACGUCAUCGCAAAUGUUGACGUCAAAAACUCUGGACGCUUGUCUGAUAAAACACUGAUGCAGACGAAAUACAGAAUCGCGUAUGGAUGUUUCGUUUUGUAGUUGGUUUGACAGUGACUCCUAGAGAAAGUACAGUUAUUACAAUAAAUAACUUUCAAGCAUCAAUUGAAUUGACAUUAAGAAAUGUGCCAUUACUGUGAUGUUCUGUUUCUUUAUCCAUUGUUCAAAUGUUUGCAUUUGGUUUUUCACUUAUCCUUAAAAAUGUUGAAUUUAAUAAUAAAACACCUGUUGUCUUUUAGGUUCGGGUCAAUAUGAUAGAAAAAGAGAUAUAAACCUCGAGCUACGCGCUUUUUCUGAUCGAUAAAUACCCAUAUCGACCUUACUCAAAGGCAAAUAUUGUGUAAUAUCAACCAGACAUGUUAAAGUCAUGUACAAUAUUAGUCGCAACUGAAUUUAAAAACCGUUUGAAAUAAAUUGUGUAUUUAUAUUAUAUGUAAUAUUACAUGUUUUAUGCAGGUACAUUUGCAUGAUGAAAAUAAAAUUACACAUUCAUAAA